CAGAAACGGGGAACCGGCGGUGCUUGGGAAAGCUGGCUUGUAGCCGGAUCCAACGAGAUAGCUGAUGGUCCAGGAUGGCACAGAACGGAAGCAGCAUCCCUGCACCGCCUAUCUGAAUAGAAGCCAGAAGACCAAUAGCAUCAACCAUCAGUGCCAGCAAAAUCACUGUAUCCAUACUUCAGCAAACAUCAGGGUACUUGGAGAAUACACGCUAGAUUCUCCAGACUUCCAGAGAGGUUACCAUGGCAAGAGGCUGUGGGAAACCCAGGACGGACAUACUGCCUUUCUACAUGGCAUUGGUUUUAGAAUCGUUUGUGUCUUAGGAAAAUCCUUAGCUAAUAAGUACCUGAGUAUUAGGUCUGUCUCUAGAGGGUGGGACCAAUGGCUGUGGCUCUAUUAGAUGACUGGUGUAUGGGGAUGGACCUGGAUCCCAAGAAGGCGGUGCUCGUUGUGGGCAUCCCUGUGCAGUGCAGUGAGGCUGAGAUAAAGGACACUCUGAAGGAAGGCUUACCUCCUUUGUGUGCUCACAAGGUGAUAGGUAGAAUGUUCAGGAGGGAAGACAAAGCUAAGGCGGUCUUAAUUGAACUGACGGAAGUUGUCGAUUAUACUAUGAUGCCCACUCAUAUACCAGCAGCAGGGGGCGCCUGGGAAGUGGUAGUCAAACCCCGUAGCCCAGAUAAUGAGUUUAUCAAUAAGCUGAUCUACUUUCUGAAAGAUGAAGGACGAAGAAUGGUAGAUGUAGCUAAAGCCCUGGGGUUUAGCACUGCCCCUACAGUGAGCAUGGAGCUAAGGAAUUCAGAUCAAGACAAACCAGAAGGUUUGAAGUCUCUGUGCAAUAGCGUGUGUUACCGAAAACUGAAAGUGUUUUCUGGCAGUCCCUUUCCAGGCCCAGGAGAGGAGACUUUUGAAACCUGGUUAGAGGAGGUCACUGAGAGGAUGCAGUUAUGGCAGGUGGGUGAGGAGGAGAAGAAGCGGCGCCUUCUAGAGAGCCUGCGAGGCUCUGCCCUGUCAAUUAUGCAGGCACUAGGGGCUAGCAGUGACUCCCUAACUAUGGAGCAGUGCUUGGAAGCACUAAAGCAGGUCUUUGGGAAUAAAGAGGACUGUAAGAUCUUACAGUUCCGAUGCCUUCAGAAUCCGAUUUCCUCUCAGAAAGCUGCAGAGAAGCUGUCUGACUAUUUGCUGCGCUUAGAGCCCCUCCUGCAGAAAGCAGCGCAGCAGAGCCCCUUGGCAGCACACAGCACAGACUCGAUUCGCCUCCAGCAUGUCUUAUCUCGAGUCUCCCUGACCACUGGCCUUAGGAGCAGGCUGUCCCUCUUAGAUCAGCAAGGGUGCCCACUCACUUUUCUGGAGUUAAUGAAACUCACUCAAGAGGAAGAAGAGUGGGAGACCAGCAUGGUGGCGAAGGAGGAGCAGAAUCAGGCUGGGAAGGAGAGUGGGACGUGUGAGGCAGCAGCAGAUCAGGUUACCACCCAGGCAGGGUUCUUUCGGGAAAUCAGCACCCAGACCACAGGAGAGGAAAUUAUAUCAGUGAAACGGAGGCGACUGCUAUGGAGACCCAGUGCUGGGGAGGAGGGGCCUCUGGGGCAAUCAAGUUUGGGGGCUACAAAUGAACCUGAGGAGCAGAAACCCCAUGUUGUAGAUCAGGAGUUGGGAAACGAGAGAGGGGCUGGGGCUAUGAGCCACCCCAACCCCAGGGAAAUAUAGGCUCAAGAGAUCUAGAAAUUCCUUCUUCUAGCAGGCAACAAAGAUACCUUGGCAAAAUGAUGGGGCAGCCCAGACAUGGCAGGGGACUUAAGUUGUACAGAAGGGCAAGAUGGCCAGGGCCAGGAUAAGGCAUCUCACAGGCCACUAAUUAGAAAUGAUUCUAACAAGCAAAAACAAGCUCCACCUAGCUCAGUGACUACCAUAUCCCAGGCUCGUGGAGAGUACCAGAAAAAGAAAUGGGGAACUACUAUAGCCAAACUUAAGGGUGAUCCAGACUCCAGUUGGGAUGUUAGUGAAUCGGAGGAUGAAGGUAGUGAGGGCGGUGACUCUGAGCUAAGAAUGCCCACUGGCACUGAAGCAAGACAGGGCUUGGAGGAACCGAUCACAGGGCUGUCCUGGCCAGAGAGAACCAAUGCCUGGGGAGAAGUGCAGCAAGGCCGGGAGACAGUGCCCCGGAGAGGAGGCCGCAGGAUCCAGCCCGUCUUCAGGAUCAUCUACACUGCUCUAGGGGAGCCUCACGAGGGCAGCACCCUUGAGUCCUUUCGUGAGUGAAACACCAGGGUCCCUGGACCCAAAGGCCCCGGGACACCAGUGCCAACCCGGAGGCAGAUCCCAUCCUGGCACCCCGGCAGGACUGUGAGUGGGGGGAAGACAGCAGUGCCCAAGAAGAUCCCCGGGCUGGGGGUGCGUACGCAGCACCAUAAGGUUUGUGCCCUCAGCUGGUCUGAGAGCCCGUGAGUGUGCAGGACAGAUUGGUGUGAACAAGGAGGUGGAAGAGCAGCAGCAGGAGGACUUGGUGGGGCGGUAGUUUGUUCUGCUCUCUUUUGUCCAGGGCUGCUGGAGAAUUCCAGAGAGCAAGCAAGGAGAGCCUGGUGAAUACAACUCGGCAGGCAGCUGCCACGGCUGGCCCCCAACCCUGCCGACCUGAGAGGGUGGCCUGGCGCUGCUGCCGAGGUGCCAUCCUCCGCCUCAAGGGUUCUUUCUGCCUGGCUCUCCCAACACGGAUGCCCCCUCCCCAUUGCUAUCCCGAGGGAGGCUACUCCCGCCUCUGGAAUCCCCCCCCCCCCACUUAUCUGCUAACCUCAUAGUGACCCACUCGGCUGUCCACCGAGUCCUUUUCCCCCUUGAGUGCUCAUCCCCCACCCGUUGCUUCUGUACCAAGCUGUGAGUGAAGUGUGUGUUAACUUGAGCAGCUGGAGGCCCUGACUACCUGGUCAGUGGCCCCUACUCCUGGCACCUGUUGUGAGCUUCUUUGAGCUGCUUUGCCAGCCAAGGCUGCCUAGCUCCCCUCCCACCGGUGUUGUGAACGCUCCUCGUCUGCUUUCCCGGUGUACAUCUAGGCCAGCUGCCCGCUGCUUGCUCUCCUGCAGAUGUGUGGGUGUUCUUACAUGAUCAAGUGCUCCCCAGAACCCCCAGGCCCAGUCCUGGAUGCCAGCAGGAAGCAAGGAUGUCGACAAGGGACUGGUUGAUUUUGGUGUGGGACUGUGCUGUGAUCUAUGCCUGCUGUUACUUACGACUAUUUUCUAGGACUGGUGGGGUGCUGCAAGAAAGCCCCCCCCAAUUCCCUGUGAUGGGUCUGUGAUGCUGUAAGGCAGCACCGUCCUAUAGUGGUAAACCCUUGAGAGCAUUCAUAAGGGACAUUAUCAGAGCUCAUCUUGACAAGAGGCAAAUCUAGGGCACCUAAGACAGCAUAUUGUAGCAGAAGGUCCUUGUGUAGACAGGACCCUGCGAGGGGGGAAGGGCAGAGCCUGUAACUUCUAGUGCCCAUUGAAAGUUUCUGUGUUACCUUUUUUUUAGUGGUUUUAGUACAAGUUUUUGUUGAAUAAAUUUCAUGAAUGUUCCAGC